CGCUCUGCCCGACGCCGUCAAACCUCGCGAUACCUGCGCCGCGCCGCCGCUCCCGUGUGGCGGAUGGUUCCUUAUCUCUGGGCACCUUCAGCUGGACGCGACGAGCACUCAGCGAGUUUCAGGGGAGUGAAGCGGCUCCCCCCCCCCCCCCCCACGGACCACUCCGAGUCCUCUAACUCCGUGAACGCGUCUUCAAAGUGUCCGCGCGCCUCCAUCCGGAGGAAGUCACCCGGCGGCUGAAGGAGAUGCUCGGUGGCCACGUCCCCCUGGAGACCGGAGAGGCAACACGUGAUGAGCUUUACUUAUCAGGUUUAGAGGCAGAGAGACACCGAGAGAGGGAGAGAGAGGGAGAGGGAGAGGGAGGGAGAGAGAGAGAGAGGACACACUUCAGGGAGUCCGAGGAGGAAUGAAACUCGCCAACUAACUGGAAACUGUUUCCUCUCGACGGACUCCUUUUUCCUCGAGGAUUCUUCUUCACUUCUUCUGCUUUUUUGUGUGUGAGUUUCUCCUCCGGGAGAGGAGAGAGGAAGAGAGGAGAGAGGAGAGAGGAAGAGAGGAGGAGGAGGAGGAGGAGGAGGAGGGAGGGGAGGAGGAGGAGGAGGAGAAGCCGGAGUAAAGUUUGUCCAAGUUUGCACAUCCCUUCGGAAACGCCAUUUUGAUUCCUCUGCGGAGCAAGUUUGCAGCCUCUCUCUCUCUCUGUCUCCCUUCUUUUCUUUUUUUCUUCAUCAUCCCCCCACCCCCCGCUCCUUUCAUCAUCCACCAUCACCGCGGCUCAUCAUCAUCACCCUCCUCAUCCUCGUCGCCCCCCCACCGCCGCCACCACCAUCCUCCUCGCCACGAUGUCUCGGCGCAAGCAGCCCAACCCCAACAAAGUGCCGCUGUGAGCAGUGGUCGCAGACACACACACAACAACAAACCCCGCCCCCUUCCUCCCGCGCCGCCCCCCCGAGCGACACUGAGCGUUGCUUUGCGAGAAAAACCAGACGGCGAUAAUGGAUAACUGCACCAAGGAGCCGCGAGGACCGAUGACCGAGGAGGCGUCGCCACGGACGGAGGAGAAAACACAGCAUAUCCUCAAAGCGAUCAGCCCUGUGACGGAGGAGUCGGUGAGCGGAGGAGAGAAGCUACAGAACGGAGGAGGAGGAGGAGUCAUGGGAGCCGAUGGCGGAGGAGACCUGUCCUCCAUCAACGCCAUGAUGUCAGCGGUGAUGUCGGCAGCCGGGACCAUCAAUGGCGGAGGAGACGGAGGAGGAGCGAGCGGCGCCACCUCGUCCACCGGGCCGUCGCCCAGCUCGUCCCCCACAAAGUCGCUCACAUCGGCCAUGAGAGCCCCGCCCAGCCGCAACGCACGGCGUAUACAGGACACCAAAGACGAGAGCUCAGCUUUCAUCUGUCCGCUGUGUGACAAGGACUGUCAAACACAACACUCACUCACCAUGCACAUCAGACAGCACAAUGCUGACGCCGGAGCGACGGACCACUCCUGCAGCAUCUGUGGUAAAUGUCUGAGCUCGGCCUCGUCGCUGGACCGACACAUGCUGGUGCACAGCGGGGAGAGACCCUACAAGUGCAACGUCUGUGGACAGACCUUCACCACCAACGGCAACAUGCACCGACACAUGAAGAUCCACGAGAAGGACCCGGCCAGCGGGCUGCUCCCCGUCAGCCCCCCCUCCCCCAACAAGCGCCGCCGGCCGUCCGUCAAGAGGAGGCAGAGUCCGGAGGAGGAGGCGGGGGAGGAGCCUCCCAGCAAGAAGGUGCUGGAGGAGGCGACGGUGCAGGAGUCGGCGGCGGCGGUCCGAGGAGGUGAAGAGGAGCUGCUGCCGUGUCCCAUCUGCUUCAAGACCUGCAGCUCCAGACUGGAGCUGGACACACACAUGGACACACACCCCGACACGGCCCUGAGGUGUGACCUCUGCUGCCUGUCCUUCCGGACUCACCGGGGCCUGCUGCGCCACAACGCCGCCGUCCACAAGCUCCUCCCCCAGGACCCCCGGGGGCGGCCCUUCAUCCAGAGCAACCCCUCCAUCCCCACGGGCUUCAACGACCUCGCCUUCAUCGACUUCUCCUGCAAGAAGUUCGCCCACAUCGCCCAGGUGUGGUGUGAGACGAACCUGCGCCGCUGUGUGAGUAAGUUCCACCGGUUCGUGUGCCUGAGCUGCGACCGGGCGUUCCCUCUGCGCUCGGCGCUGGAGCUCCACAAGAGCACCUCCCACCCGGCGCCGGGCCUGAUGGAGGAGAUGGAGGAGAUGGAGGACUUGGAGGAGAUGGAGAUGGAGAUGGAGAUGGAGAUGGAGGAGGAAGAGGAGGAGGAGGAGGAGGAGGAGGAGGAGGAGGAGGAAGAAGAGGAGGAUGGAGGAGCAGAGAACGACCAUCCGGAUGUUGAGAAAGAAGCUGGGUCUCCGGAGCAGGACGGCUUCCUGGAGGCUCUGGGUCUGCGGCACAUCUCGAAGGUGAAGUGGGGCCCCUCGGACGAUGAGAUCCACCAGGCCCACCUGGACAGCAUCAAGGUGAUCCACGUGGAGCCGCCGGCCUCCAGCCUGCCCCAGGAGCCGGCCUCGGCUUACCUGUCCGGGGGUCUGGGUCUGGGUCUGGGUCUGGGUCUGGGUCUGGGCGGGCUGGCGGCCUCUGGCUCCGCCUCCGCCCUGCAGGGCCUCUCCCAGAGGGACGCCAUGAGCCUGCUGUCCCUGCAGCCCUUCCAGGCCGGCUUCCUGCUGCACUCGGAGGGCGCCGCCGCCACCGCCAGCGCCGCCUCCUCGGGGGUCAAACCCGGGGUGGCGGGCGGCGCCGGGGUCGCGGAGCUCGCCGACAUCCAGCAGAUCCUCAAGGUGGCGAGCGCGGCGCCCAAUCAGAUGGGCCUGAGCCUCCUGCCGCCGCUCGCCAAGGCGCCGGGGUUCACCGCCGGGCAAGGUCCGGUCCAGGGUCAGAAGGCGAUGCCUCCGCUGAAACCCAAACCUCCCAGCAUGCCUCGUUCCAGCCUCACGGCCCUAACUCCGCCCCCCCUCCAGAGUUCCCAGCAGGCCUCGCUGGGCUGCAUCAGCCCCAGCCUGCCGCCGCCCCCCCCCACGCCCUUCAAGACGCCCUCCUCCUCCUCCUCCUCCUCCUCUUCGUCCUCCUCCUCAGCCGGGAACGGAGGGCAGCUGGACGGCGAGUCACCGGGCGACGCCCACACGCCUCAGUCCGAUUCGCCGGUGGCGGCGCACGAGGAGCUCGGCGGGAGUAAGCCGGGCGCCAAAGGCGGGAGCGCCGCCCCGGGGUCGUUCCCCUGCCGGUUCUGCGACCAGGUGUUCCCGUUCUCCGGCGUGCUGCAGGCCCACAUGCGCUUCCACCUCGGCAUCCUGCCGCACCAGUGCAACAUCUGCGACUACGUGGCGCCGGACAAAGCCACGCUGAUCCGCCACCUGCGGACGCACAGCGGCGAGCGGCCCUACGUGUGCCGCGUGUGCCACUACCCGUUCACCGUGAAGGCCAACUGCGAGCGCCACCUGCGGAAGAAGCACGCCAAGAACUCCCGGAAGGAGAUCGAGAGGAACAUCAAGUACGUCACCUCCACGGCGCACCUCGCCGCCGCCGCCAUCACCGCCGGCGCCCAGGACGCGGAGGCCGGCGCCGAGACCACGUGCCGCUUCUGCGGCGAGGACCUGAAGACGUACCGCGCGCUGCAGAUCCACCUGCGCACGCACAACGGCUGCCAGAGGAAGCCCUUCGAGUGCCGGCGCUGCGGCGCCGCCUUCCUGGCCAAACGCAACUGCAUCCACCACCUGCUGAAGCAGCACCCCGAGGUGCAGGAGCGCCAGAUCGAGGAGCACAUCGCCACGCUGCUGCCGGCCAACGGGGGCGGCCCGCUGCGCCCCGUGAAGCUGGAGGAGUUCGCCAACGCCGUCUACGACCAGCCGCUGGACUUCUCCGCCAAGGGGCGGCGCACCGGGAGCGCCGGCAGCGUCGGCGGCGCCGGCAGCAGCGGCGCCGGCAGCCGGGCGGGCUCCCCGGGGGUGAAGCUGGAGAGCGUGUCUCCGGCCUGCGACGGCCCCGGCGUGGACCAGCCCAUCGAUCUGUCGGUCGCCGGCCGGAGGCCGAAGGUCAAGGAGGAGCCGGCGGCGAGCGCCCUGCCCCCCCUGCACCCCCACCCCCAGCUGGGCUGCUACCAGCUCCCCCCGGGCUCCACCCCUCCCCCGGUGGCCCUCCCCCUCCCCAUGCGGGUCCAGCGCCUCAAGCCGCUGCUCCCCAAGCCGGCCUGCUCCUCCUCCUCCUCCUCCUCCCUCCUCAAGGAGCUCCCCCCUCUGGCCUCCAUCGCUCAGAUCAUCAACUCCGUCUCCGCAGCAUCGGACCUGCUGAAGAGGGAGGUCAAACCGCUUCUAGAGGUCAGACCCCCUCUGGAGGUCAAACCCCCUCUGGAGGUCAAACCGCUUCUAGAGGUCAGACCCCCUCUGGAGGUCAAACCCCCUCUGGAGGUCAGACCCCCUCUGGAGGUCAAACCGCUUCUAGAGGUCAGACCCCCUCUGGAGGUCAAACCGCUUCUAGAGGUCAGACCCCCUCUGGAGGUCAAACCGCUUCUAGAGGUCAGACCCCCUCUGGAGGUCAAACCGCUUCUAGAGGUCAGACCCCUUCUGGAGGUCAAACCCACGCCGCCGGAGGUUAAACCCUCGCCGGCGGUCGCUUCCUCCUCGGCCGACUCCGCCGCCGCGGCUCUAGAACCGAAGCGCGAGGAGCCGCCUGAGGGAUCCUCCUCCAGGCCUGUGAGCUCCUCCUCCAGGCCUGUGAGCUCCAUCCACAAGAAGCGGUCCAGGAAGAAGCACGCCGUCCUGGCAGCGAAGCAGAAGGCCGUGGCGAGCGGCGCCGGCGGCGUGGACCUGGAGUCCAGCGGCGAGUUCUCCAGCGUGGAGAAGAUGCUCGCCACCACGGACGCCAACCGCUUCACCACCUACCUGCAGUCGGGAGAGCUGGGGGGCAAGAGAGACGCAGAGCGAGCGGCCGGCGGCGAGGAGAAAGAGGGCGGAGCCAGAGAGGAGGUGAAGGUGGGGCCGCAGUCCAAAGGCAAGAAGAACGCCUACAGCAACUCGGUGCAGAAGAUGACCUGCCCCUUCUGCCCCCGCGUGUUCCCCUGGGCCAGCAGCCUGCAGAGACACAUGCUGACGCACACAGGCCAGAAGCCGUUCCCGUGUCCUAAGUGCGACGCCUUCUUCUCCACCAAAUCUAACUGUGAGCGCCACCUGCUGCGCAAACACGGCGUGACGCACCGCACGCUGCGGCGGAGCGGGGCGCCGGGCCGCAAGGACGGGGACGAGGGCGACAGCAACGAGAGUCAGUCAGACACGGAGCAGAUGGCGCCAGAAGCUCAAGACCUCAGCAGCGCCAACACCUCCACCGACUCAGGCUCCGCCCCCACGUCAGAUAGCCCCGCCCCCUCGGACCAACAGGAGGCGGACUCCGCUCAGUCGAGCCCCGCCCACAAACACAGCCGAGGCUGCAGUCCCGGUGCAGACCAGCAGGAUUCAGAUGCCACGGAGCAGUCUGACCAGCAGGGGGCUCCAGAGAGCAGAGCAGCACCGGGGAGACGGCCCCCACCCAGCAGCAAGGUGGACAGUGGAGACGAUGACGACUGUCACAGCAACAAGAGUCUGGACCUGAACUUUGGUAAAAAGCUCAUCGACUUCAAGCUCUCCGCGUCCUCGGGCUCCGCUCAGGAGGAGCAGCCCUCCCAGCUGGUGUCAUGCUCCUCCUCCUGCUCCUCCUCCUGCUCCUCCACCUCCUCUGUUCCUCAAGGGGAGUCAGAGAGCCAGGAGAAGGAGAGAGGAGGAGGAGCGGCGCUGAAGCCAGAGUACAAACACGUGUGUCGAGUGUGCAGGAAGAGCUUCCGCUACGCCACCACGCUCGCUCGCCACGAGAGGGCGCACCUCUCUGAGGAGGCGCCGCCCGCAAAGGAGGAGGAGGAAGAGGAGGCGGCUGAGAGCAAUGAGGCCAAACCCUUCAAGGAGGAAGAAGAGGAGGAGGAGGAGAUGGAGGUGGACGAAGCUGUCGGGGUGAGGGAAGGGGAGAGCGGGGAGUCUGAGGAGGAGGAGGAAGAGGAGGGAGAGAAGGAGAAGGAGGGGAAGAGCGACGAGGAGGAGGCGUCGGAACCAAAGAGUUUAGCGGGAGGAGAGGCGUCAGAGGGGCGUCUGGACAAGAGGAAGAAGAUCUGUAACGUCUGUGGGAAGAGAUUCUGGUCUCUGCAGGACCUGACCCGGCACAUGAGGUCACACACAGGCGAGCGGCCCUACAAGUGCCAGACCUGUGAGCGGACCUUCACCCUGAAGCACAGCCUCGUCCGCCACCAGCGGAUCCACCUGAAGCCCACGGGGGCGGACCGGGCCAGCGAGGACGGGGACUCCUGCGCGCCCACGCCGCCCUCCACCUGCCCGCCGUCGGAGAACGAGAGCGAGUGCGGCGCCAAGGAGCCGGAGGAGGAGGAGGUGAAAGAGGAGGGUGAGGAGGCGGCGGACACGUUGGAGGAAGCGCCGCCGUCUGGAGACUCGGCUCCCAGCCAACAAGCUACUGACACAAAGACGACUACUGGCGCCCCGGAGACAGCGCCCGAAUCCAAAGACCCCACCCCCUCCCUAAGCCCCUCCCCCUCCAGCUCGCCCCCAGAGGAGGGCCACGCCAAGCCCCCUGUGGAGCACAUGGUGCCCAAUGGGGAGCCUCCUGUAGAGGGGGCAGACUGAGCCCCCCCCCACCACCACAGUGCCAUACGACCUGAUGAUGCAACGUGUAACUCGCCCGGUGAGAGAGAGAGAGAGAGACUGCUGACAGGAGAGGAAACGUAGUUUUCUGGAAGUGCCUUACUACUAGUCCGACUUCUUUAUCCGCUUUAUUACGGAGGAUGGAUCUAAUUUUUAUAGCUUUUUAUGAUGACAAUGAUUUGCAUUAUUAUUAUUAUUAUUUUUCUUCUUUUUUUUUUUUGGUCCGGGGAAUCUAUAUUUCAGCAAUAAUAAAAAUUAAAAAUAAAAUGAAUAAAGUUAUGAUUUAUUAUUGUUCCUAGAUUCAGUUUGAGAAAUGAUGAUCAACUUCAGGGGGUGGGGGGGGUUCUGUCCUUAAAGAACCCACCGGACCUUUAAGAUAUUUUUGCAUGAAUUCAAACUGGCGUAAUCCAGUUUCACCAGCAUGGACGAAGCUUUUUUUGUAACUGGAAAUACCCCCCACCCUUUAGCCCCGCCCCCCCCCCCCCCCUGUCUCUCUGCUGACUCACAAAAACAUUCACGAACUUGUCGAAGACGCAAAAAACUCUGGUAAAAGGGAGCGGGGGGGGGGAGGGGGGGUCAGCUGUCCAUCACACCAUGGAGCCCUCAGCCCGUGAGCUGGUGUGUGUGUGAUUAUCUCCGUUGAUUCCAGGUGUGUACAUGUGUGUACAGGUGUGUACAUGUGUGUACAGGUGAGCGUGGCGUGAUAUUAUUUAGGUGUCGGGACGGGAAUCAGAUUUAUUUGUGGAUUAUUUUUCUUUUCUUUAAAAAAAACAACUGAACAAA